UAGGCAAACCCUCACGCGGAGCCUGAUCAUGUUAGUGUGCAUACUGUGCACACCAAAGCAUCCAGCUACGUACCCCAUCAACAACAGCCUCAGCCAGAACUUCAACAAGUUCCGGAGCAGUUUGCGGGUCAAAACUCGAAUAUGGCCAUUCCAAUGUUCCAACCACAAAUGGUUGCGAACAUGUUUGAGUUCUUCCAGUUGAUGGCUGGAGCACAUGAUGCCGCCUAUGAUUGGUUGAAACGAGUGGGCGCUAACAUUCCCAUGCCAGUACCAUGGGCUACCUUUGAUCCACUCUUUAGAGCAGAGUAUGUACUCGAUCAUUACGUUGAGGCCAAGUAUGAAGAAUUUUCCAAAUUCACUCAGGGGAAACUGACUCUCCCAGAGUACCGUCAACAGUUUGACGGGUUGGCCGAGUUUGGUAAAGACUUGGUCAACACCAUGCAGAAACGCUGCAAGAAGUUCAUCAAGGGUAUGAGACAAGACCUCUCAUCAUCACUCAUAAUAGUUCCCCGAGCCGACAUCAAUGAUGUCUACAAGAAGGCACUGGAGCUGAAUGAGGAGCUCAUAAGAAAAGCUGCAUAUGAACAUGCAUUGCUAGCAGAAAGCCGGGCCGUCCAACUGGGCACAAGGAUGGGACCUGGUAACAAAAGAACCUUCUCCACACCGAGUAGCUCUUGCCAUGAUAAGCGAGCAAAAUAUGUUCCCUCUACAUCGCUGGCUGUCACUUGUAAGAGUGGGAAGGAGAAAGUGACAUACCGCAAUCCCGUAUGCUCACUGUGUGGCCGAAGGCAUCCUGGUGAGUGCUGGUUCACAUAGGGUCUUUGCCUUAGGUGUGGUCAGGCAGGUAACAACACUGAUCAUGGACCCGGAGGUCAAUGAGAGUGAUGACAUGUACGGACUGGUGGACCACAAUCAUUAUGUUUUCUUUAAAUAAAAUACCAUUUCGGGC